CACAAGCGGCUGUCCGUCACUCACCUGCUGAAAAUGAUCCUCAAAUUCACCUGUCUGCUGGGAUUGCUGCUCUGCGGCUGUCAAGCGGUGCUUCAGGUGUCAAUAUCACUGAAUAAAGUGGAACUGAGUGUUGGAGAGUCAAAAUUCUUCACAUGCACAGCCAUUGGUGAGCCGGUGAGCAUAAACUGGUUCAGUCCUCAAGGCGAGCGCAUCAUCUCAAAUCAGAGAGUCAUCGUGCAUACGGAGGGCGUGCGGUCCAGGCUGACCAUCUACAACGCCAUCAUCGAGGAUGCUGGGAUUUACCGAUGCCAGGCUGUGGACGCCAAGGGACAAAGCCAGGAGGCCACGGUGGUGCUGGAGAUUUACCAGAAGCUGACGUUCCUCGAGGUGAAGACGCCGCAGGAGUUUCGUCAGAGCGAGGACGCUGAGGUCGUCUGUGAUGUCAUCAGUUCACCGGUGCCAGUCGUCUCAUGGUUCUACAAGAACCGAGAAAUCACGUCUGAACCCAACAGCAGACUUCAGGUGCUUCCCAGCAACAACCUGCAGAUCCUGCGAGUGAGUAAAGCUGACGAGGGAGUGUACCGCUGUGAGGCGCGUGUGGAGGCUCGAGGAGAAAUCGACUUCAGGGACAUCGUGGUGCUGGUCAACGUUCCUCCGGUUCUGUCGGUGCCGCAGCAGUCCUUCAACGCCACCGCCGACUACCAGGAGUCAGUGACGUUCACCUGCAUCACGUCUGGCUCCCCCGACCCCCAGGUGACCUGGUACUGGAAGGGUCACGUGAUCGAGCGAUCGGAGCAGUACGUGCUUAACACACUGGACGGGGGCAAAAGCACGCUGACCAUCAAAAACAUCCGGCAGGGCGACGGUGGGCCGUACACAUGCCGCGCGAGCAACAAGGCCGGGAGCUCCGAGAGCCAGCUCUUCCUCAAAGUGUUCGUCCAGCCGCACAUCACUCAGCUGAGGAACGUGACGGCUGUGGAGGGAAGCGCUGCUAUGAUCUCCUGCACAGCGGAGGGAGAACCGCUGCCCGAGAUCUCGUGGAGGAGAGCCAGUGACGGACAGACGUUCACAGAUGGAGAUAAGAGUCAGGACGGCCGCGUGGAAGUGCGCGGGCGCCACGGAAAAUCCAUGCUGACCAUCAGCGGCGUUCAACUCUCAGACUGGGGCCGAUUCGACUGUGAAGCGCUCAGCAGGAUCGGGGGCCAUCAGAAGAGCAUGUUCCUGGAUAUCGAGUAUGCGCCGAAGUUCCAGACCAACCAAACCAUCUUCUACUCGUGGGAGGGAAACCCGGUGAACAUCAGCUGCGAUGUGAAGUCCAACCCUCCGGCGACCAUGCUGUGGAGACGAGACCGCUUCACCAUCUCCAGUCAAGGAACCAGCAACAUCCGCAUUCACGCCGCAGACGGCCGAUCGCUUCUCGAGGUCACUCCGGUGUCCGACCGGGAUUUUGGACGCUACAACUGCACAGCCAGAAACAACAUCGGCGCUCGAUACCAGGAGUUUAUAUUAGCACAGGCAGACGUCCCGUCGCACCCGUACUCCGUUCGGCUCUCUGCCGUCUCCCAGCGUCUCGCCACCGUCUCCUUCAUGAAGCCCGACUCUCACGGCGGCGUCCCCAUCAGCUACUACACCAUCAGCUACAGAGACACGAGCGCACAGGACUGGAGGACAGUCAGAUCACACGCAGUUCAGAUGGUUCUGGCUCACCUGGAGCCCAACACGACGUAUGAGCUGCGUGUGGCGGCGGUCAACGGAAAGGGUCAGGGGGAUUUCAGCCACACGGAAACCUUCCAGACGUUACCCAUCCGCGAGCCGAGUCCUCCGACGGUUCACGGUCAGAGAGGCGUUGGGAAGGCCUACAGACUCGGACUGAUCAGACAAGACGACGGCGGGAUGCCCAUCGUGGAGUACAUCGUCAAGUAUAAAACGGAUAAAGAGGAGCAGUGGAUGACGAAGCUGGUUCCCGGCGUGAAUGAUUUUGCGCUGCUGCAGCCGCUGCAGUGGAACAUGCGCUACAACGUAGAGAUCACGGCGCGUAACGUCAAGGGCCUGUCGGAGCCCACCUUCUUCCAGUUCCUCAUGCCGCAGAAACCCGACAUCACAGCAGACUCCCUGUUCAGCGGCCUGGGCCUCGGCGCGGUGGUGGGGCUUGGCGUGGCGGCUCUUCUUCUGCUGCUGGUGCUGGUGGACAUCAGCUGCUUCUUCCUGCGUCAGUGUGGCCUGCUCAUGUGCAUCACCCGCAAGCUCUGCAGCAAGAAGACCUCCACCAGCGGCAAGAGCAAAGAGCUGGAGGAGGGCAAAGCUGCGUAUCUGGUUGAUGGCUCGAAGGAGCCCAUCGUGGAGAUGAGAACUGAAGAAGAGAGAAUUGCUAACCAGGAGGACAGCUGUCCAGUGCACGAACCCAAUGAGACGACUCCUCUGACAGAGCCAGAGAAGCUCCCGCUGAAGGAGGAGAACGGCAAGGAGGUGCUGAAGCCGGACUUGAUCGAGAUCAAGGUCCACACGGACAACAGCAUCCACACAAAACAGGACGACAGCAAAGCGUAAUGGAGCCCGGAGACGAUCCCAGCCCGAACAAACUCAGACCAAAUGCAGAAAGCAGAAAAUAUCAUAACAGAGAAACGAAAAGAUAAGAAAAAAGGGUGUGUAAAUAUGUUCAAAUGCAAACAGAGACUGCGUUUUUGUGAUAAAUCUACUGUCCUUUCUAUUCACGAUGACUCCAGCGCUACUUUUCGGUUGGCGUUUGCGUCUUGAUGUUUUUUUGGUUUGGCCGUGGAGGAUCUCAGAAAUUAAUUUCCAGACCUUUCUUCUACUUUCCAGGCAUGUCGAGUCCGAUUUUUUCUGCCCAGCGGGACGUUGUGUUGUGUCUAUAGUCUUGAUGAUUUCAGAUUCUGGGCUUCUCAUCUAAAUGUGUUAGAGACUUCAUGGGUUUUUGGCUUUUUCGAUGUUUUGGUAGGACUUUUCCAUGGGGAGAAUCCAGAUGGAUUGGAUUUCUUCUAUUUUUCCAGGCAUGUCCAGCGAGAACUAGGUGGUGCGGCUUAUGUAUGUCGAAUUCUGAAGCUCGUUUUCCAUUUCGUCGUCAUGAGUUUUAAACGCAGGGGUCACUUCGCAAAAGAAACCUGGCAAAACUUUGUAGUAAAGUGACUUUGUAGUUUGGAUUUGCUCAACUGCCAUGA